CUGCUUGUGGUACAUAGUCAUUCUACGAAGUGUAGAAGUGUGGUACUGAAUAAACUGAGAGUAAAGUAAAAACAAAACGUGUGUUAACCCUCAUCCAACCAUUGGUAAACAAAAGGGGGAUUAAAAACCACAACAGUCUGACUCACUGCUAAACUCAUUACACAGCCAAGCACCAACACCUCCGGAGGGAAAGCCCUCGCCAAACGUUUCUCUCCUCCAUGUGACUCGAGUCAGUUCCGUUCACCUCUGGCUCCCAUGUGCUACUCCUACGUCUGUGUUCAUACCACGGCCCGCUGAACCGGCUGAGCUCUUCCCACGCUCCUCUUCCGCCCGGGCUUGUCCCAAAUUCAAACUAUGCUGCCCAAAGUGCUCCAAAGACUCUGGAUCCCCGAACAACAUCCAGACGCAGGGAGGGAAAUCAGUCAAUGUGCCUUCACAAGAAACACGUAUCCUCCAGCUUUUAAAGCUACAACAUGACACUUUUUUAAUUCAUAUUUUAAUACAUUGAGAUUAAUACCGCUGUCUUGGAUUAUCCCUUUAGCUAUUUCCAGAUCCGUACGCCAGGCAAGCCAUGGGCCAGCAUUCAACACUGGGAAGCCUUCUGCUCCUCCUCGGGCUGUAUGGGAUCUGUACAGGACUUGAACAGGAGAACUGUACCGACUACAAAGUCCAGUUUGAGAGGGUUUUCUCUGUUCCCGGGGACAUGGCUAUGCUGAAAAGCACCCUGCUGUCUCCAGACGUCUUCAACUUCACAGCUGUCCCUUACAACGUCACCUGGUACGACUCGACGGGCCGAGAAAUGAGCAACCAGAGCGGUCGAGUCCUGGUGCGCGGCGAGACUCUGUGGUUUCUUAACAUAACGCUGGACGACACGGGAGAUUAUGUGACCGUAGUGAGAACUCCGUCUUGGUGCUACAUUCAGACCACUAAGCUGAUAGUGGAGUUGGCAGUUUCUGGAGAGUAUGGAAGACCAAGGAAAGCUCAUCAACAACUUACAAAGGGAGUCAAUGGCUUCCUGUCCUGCCCUCUGAUGAGCUACAUCCGUAAACUGGACAGCUACAGCAUCUCUUCCUCCAUCACGUGGUACAGAGGUUCUGACCCCAUCGUGGAUGGGAAAGACAAGUAUACCUACAUAGCUUCACACAAACUGAAGAUUGACGAGGUGGAAGUUAAAAGCGCCAAUUACACAUGUACUCUGACCUUCACUCUCGGUGGUGUUGUGGGAUCCGUGUCAGAGACCAUCGACGUUUAUGUCUCAGAGAAGUACUAUAUGCUUCCACAAGUGCACGAACCAGCCAAUGAAACAAUCAAGGCACAGAUUGGGUCCAGUUUCACCAAACGGUGCCAGGUGUUUGUGCUGUGUGUCGGGAGUCCCUCGACUGAUAUCGCUUGGUGGGACGGAGAAAAUUUCAUUUUGACGACCAACCCCUCUGACCGCAUCUACACGACAGAGAUAAAUAAAAGCAGAGUGGAUGGUCCUCCUCAAGGUGUCUGGUUGGAGCGGAUGCUGAUCUUCUCUGAGCUGAGGGAGGAGAAUUUCCACAUCAACUACACCUGUAUAGCGAUGAAUGGCAGGGGACAUCCUCAGGGCUAUUUCACUCUGUUACCAGCAGAUCCCAACAUCAUUGUUCCCAUUGGAUCCGUGCUCGGCGGUGUUAUGGUUCUCUUUAUCAUCAGCGUCACCAUCUACUACCUGUUUAAGGUCGACAUUGUGCUGUGGUUCAGGAGAGCGUUUCCAGUCCUCUACGCAAACACAGUGUCAGACUCGGAUGGGAAGUUGUACGAUGCCUACGUGGCUUACCCUCAGCCCUGUGCCGCCGGAUUCAGCGAGAAAGUGGAGGGGUUUGCCCUUCACGCACUACCCCAAGUGUUGGAAAAGGCCUGCGGCUACAAACUCUUCAUAGCAGGCCGUGACUGCACGCCCGGGAAGGCCAUAGUGGACUCAGUGGAAGAGAACAUACAAGCCAGUCGCCGCCUCCUUCUGCUCUACACCGCCUCUACUUUCAUCAGCAAAAGACACACAAGCAGCACUAGUAAUAACAACAACAACAUCUCUAAGAGCAGUGAUAGCGGAGAUAACAAAGAAACCAAGACCAGCGAAAGUAGCAGUUUGGAUGGCAGUGAAGAAGUCUAUUCAGACACGAGACAGCAGUUGGAGUGUGUGGCAGCGAUGCACCGAGCGCUGCUGGAGGGAUCUCUCAAGGUGAUCCUGGUUGAGUUGGAACAGAUCAGCCCGGCUCAGCUGGCUCUCUUCCCAGAGUCGGUGCGUCACCUGAGGAAGAAGCAGGGCGCUGUGUGCUGGUGGAAGAACCAGAGCACGAGGCAAAAGUGGAGGACGUGCACGAGGACGAGAGAGGACGAGGAGAAAGGUGAACAGGACGCGCAAACACCGCCGUCGCCAUCCCUCUCCCCUUCCUCCAGGUUUUGGAAGCAGAUGAGAUAUCGUAUGCCGGUGAGGGGCAAGAGGGCGGUGUACCCGGAGAAGACCGCCCUGCUGGGCUUGUGAUGAUGUGAUGGACCAGACAGACGCUGGUGGUUUCCAAUGCAAACAUGUAUAGUAGUGAAUCUCCUCACACAGACAAUUCAGUGCUGUCACCAAGCGGCAACCUCCGGUGCUGAGAAAUGAAGCCAACGUGGAAGUGCCGUGUUAAAAAGACAAACUUUACAGCAGAGAUAAACAUAUUUACAGCCUGGUACUAAAAACGGUUUUAGUCUCCAUAGCUAAUUUCCCCGUUCAUGACAACUGUACAGGAGUGAAUUUUUAUAUAAGUCACCCGUUUAAAUUAUAUUCAGGCUUAAAGUUGGGCAUAAUUGAGGGCGUGGCCGCUCUGAGUGACAGGUGGGUGACGUCUCAGGUCGCUAGCUGUCUGCUCUGCUGUGUCACCAGGGCCGCUACAGCUCCACCAACGUCCACGGGAGUUAGGCUGUGUCGUCACUGCCAUGAUGGUGACGGCAAAGCCACCAUGGAUGUAUUAAGAGAACUGGAUCCAGCAUUGGAGGCGGGGCCCCCAUUUAUUCCUAUGAGAGUUGCUCAGUGGCGCAUGAAGCCAAAAUUACUCAACAUCCGAGUGGCAAAGCACCUGGAUCUUUCGCUGUCGUCACGGCCAAGAUGGCAACAGCCAGAGCUAUCCACUUAGAGCUUUACAACCACUCUUCAGAAACCUAUGGGUGACGUCACGGAGACUACGUCCAUCUUUUAUACAGUCUAUGGCUGACACGAGAUGCCGGGACGUACACGCUCUGAGUCAGUUACAGCCCAGGGGCACCAAAAGGUACUUUUACUGCACGUCACCUCAACAGAUUACUUUUAAAGUAGCACAAUUCUGAGAGCAAAAGGUCCAUACGUGCACCAGGUACAGCAUACGCUAAAGGAAGAGUAGCUGAUCAAGAAAAGGUGGAAGAUGCUUUGCUCAACGACAGCAGUUCACAUGUGAUCAGAUGAUCACAGCGUCUGGGCUAACCGGAGUUUUCCUUCAUCAGUAUAUGAACUGUUGACAUUCCCCGACAGGUGGACACUGAAGAAUAAUGUGGACAAAGAAGGACUGAUCACACCAAAUGAUCGUGUGUAACUGUAAAAUGUACAUAUGUAUGAUUGAAAAGUGUAAAUAUGUAAAGAAAAUACAUCUCUGCAGUAUCAUGAGACGUCAAGAGGCAAACUAUGAGCUUUAUAUUAAAUGGACUGCCAUUUGUUUACUGUUACAAUGGAAACCGCUUAUAGUGAUCACGUCUGUCCGGGUCAAAUCGAUCAUAUAAGUGGAUGAUUAUUAGAAGCAAAUUUUUGUUGUUGACAUCUGUAUAUUAAUUACAUGAUUACAAGGUAAUGAAACGGACCGCUUCGCUAUUUACUGGCUCACUUCUUCUGCCUUUUCCCUCACCGAGUGUGAGGCAUUGCUGUGUUUGGCCGGCUCUGCAGCACGAGCAUGCAUGCAGAACAGCGCCCCUUUGAUCACUAUAAGGGGUUUCCACUGUACUGAACUACAAAUAAGAAACUGUAAAGAGCAACAGCUAAGGGAGGAAAACUUUUAUUAAAAAUGAAUUUAUUUUUAUUGGAUGUUAUUUAUAAAGACACAUUUCAUGCAACUACUCACACCACAAAGUGUUAGUUAGGUUAAACAGUUCUUAGCAGCAUGCAAACGUUUCCAAAUGAGCAUAAUUGACUGUACCAUGAGCGCUUGACUAUUCUGUCAAUAAAUGGGAAAAUUGCAACAGAAAA